UGUUGAUGCAUUAUCAGAAGUCAUUAAUUAAAGAGACAUAUCUGUGUAGAGUAAAACCUGGACUCUCCAGCCAUGCCCCACCUGUGAUGUACAGAGAUGAAAGGAUCCACACAUGUAUAUACACGCCCACAUAUACUCUGUGUGUGUGUGUGUCUAUACUGUGUUACCCUGCCAGUCUUCCCUCACUGAUCAUUGUACCUGUUAUCUCUUCCUCCUCCUCCCGCAAUUCUUUCACCUUUCUCUCUCUUUCUUUUUUCUUUCUCCCUCUCUCACUCUUAUCUCGUUUUAUAUUUCUACUAAUACAUUUCUCUCUCUUCGACGAAGGCUCCCGCCAGAAAGUAUUCUCUCACCAACAAAUAUAUCAUUCCACCGUUUCUAUUAUUAAUUUCUGUCCUUCCCACAACCACAAACCACACCAACCCCCUCCUGGUUCUCUUGGAUUUCCCAAAUCUUAAAGACUUCGUCCUGUAUUCUUGGUGAAGUGUAAGGGAAAUAACUUGCAGCACAUCCGGCCCACAGAAUGGUGUGCAAGCUGGACUCCAACAGUUUUCGUUUCCUUUAAUUACUUCCACACAACAACACACCACAUCACAAACUUUAUUUAUUUCUGCUUUCCUGAUUCCCUGAUUCUCCCAGCUUCAAUAUGAACCCAGUUACAGGAGACAAAAUGCCCGUCAGGUAUCGAAUAUUAUCGGCUUUAUUCUAUGGAUGCUGUUCUUUUUUAAUUAUUGUCGUUAAUAAGAUUAUAUUAACCAACUUCAAUUUUCCUUCAUUUCAAUUUCUUGCUAUUGGCCAGAUGGUGGCAUGUCUUUUAGUCUUAUUUAUUGGCAAAGAAUUAAAUAUUGUUAAAUUUCCAGAGUUUACAUCUGAUAUUUUUCGAAAGGUGUGUCCUUUGCCAAUUGUCUAUGUGGUAAAUCUAUUGUUUGGAUUAGGCGGCACCAAAAAAUUAAAUUUGCCCAUGUUCACUGUGCUGAGAAGAUUUUCAAUUCUAUUUACCAUGAUUUUAGAAUAUUUUAUAUUAAAAACUAGAGCCCAAACUUAUGUGCAAUUUACAGUGUUCUUGAUGAUAUUUGGUGCUCUGAUAGCAGCAAGCUCUGAUUUGACCUUUGACCUUAUAGGUUAUAUCUUUAUACUUUUAAAUGAUUUCUUCACCGCUUUGAAUGGUGUUUAUACAAAAAAGAAAUUAGAUGCAAAGGAACUUGGAAAGCAUGGUUUGCUGUUCUACAAUAGUUUAUUUAUGCUUAUUCCAGCGACAAUGAUUGCAAAAUUUACUGGAGGUUUAGAAGAUAUCAUUUCUUUCCCACAUUGGUCCGAUCCUGUAUUUAUUGCUUGUUUCUUAAUGUCUUGUGUUAUGGGUUUUAUUCUUAACUUCUCCAUUGUUCUCUGUACGUCUUAUAACUCCGCUCUGACAACAACUAUUGUUGGCGUCAUUAAGAAUCUGUUAGUUACAUACAUUGGAAUGUUUAUUGGUGGUGACUAUAUAUUCAGUUACACUAAUUUUAUUGGUUUAAAUAUAAGUGUCUUUGGCAGUCUAAUGUACACCUACAUGACAUUUCGAAGUGUACCAGAUGCACCAAAAUCUUCAAAUCAGUUACAACGAGCUUAGUUCCAUUUAGUUAUUUAUUUGAAGGAUGUUUGAUGUCAUUUGACUGAAGCCCAGAAAUUGGUUGGAUGUCUUCUGGAAACCAAUGGACUUGUGUUAAAUUGAAAAUAUUGUUGGUUCCAUUAUUACGAAUCUCAACAAACUUUGACACUCACUACAAUAUUUAUUGAGCAAAUUAUAUUUUUCUUUCUUUUAAUUAAUUAUGUACUGUAUUCUAAGCAAUUUUUCACGGCUUGUAAAUAUCUUUUAUAUUGAUGGAAACUGUUAUCGAAGAUUUUCAGUUCUUCAUUUUUAAAAUAGAUGUGAAGAAAAGCUGGUUUCAGCUUCAAACCUAUUUUCACAAGUGAUAUGAAAGCAGGCCAUUCUAUGAAAUGAAAAUAAAUCCUAAAGACUCUUGAAAUGUGAGAUAUGUUGCGAGAAAGCCAUAUCAUGACAAAGAGAAAACAUUGUUGUAAUUGUAUGUUUGAGAUCUGGAGAGAGAGAGAAAAAAAAAUGACAGCUCUGAACAUGUAUAAAAAUGACAUCAGUGUGUGUGUGUGUGUGUGUGUGUGUGUGCUUGUAAAAACAACUUUGUUCAUAUCAUUUCUUAUCAUUACUUUAUGAAUAAAAGACUUUUUAUAUUCUAAGAAAAGCAUUUUGCUGUGGGUUUACCAUCCUAUUUCAGUGUCGUUGGCUGUCGUUCCAGUUUGAUUCAUACUGUGAUGGCAAUCAAAAGUAUUUUAAGUUGUUACUUUCGUUAAUUCUGUCACCAUUUUCCUGGCGACAAUUUAUGCAUCAAAUUUUCAUAUUGAUAGUCAACUGUAGACUUGUAUUUGUCAUCAUCAUCAUCAUCAUCAUUAUUGACUAACAAAUAUCAAAUAUAAGCUUCAUCAAUGUUACAAACGUAUAUAUAUAUAUAUAUAUAUAUAUAUAUAUAUAUAUAUAUAACAUAACAUCAAUGUUACAAACGAUAUUACAUACUUUAUGGUUGCCCCAGCCUGGGCCUGGUUGCCGUGUUGGUUAAAAUAAACAAAAAAAAAACCUCCCAGACGAAUCUAAAAUUCUUUAAUUCCUAAACACUUGUUUAUUUUUCAUUUGUUUUAAUCUUUCUUUUGAGUUUUCAACUUCCAUGCCAUAUUAGUUUCUUCUAUGAACAACCAAUAAGAAACAUUGAUUUUUCAUUGAUUCCAAUAACGGUGACUGGACAGCUGAUUGAUCUGUGUGAUAUGGUUCCAUGGUUGAAUGGUUAACAAGUUUACUUCACAGUCAUGUGGUCCCAAGUUCAAUCUCACUGUUCUCCACCCGGAGUAAUUCUCUUUUACAUCAACCUGCAGAUGGAAACUGUGGAAGCUUUUUCAAUGGAUUAUCGCUGUAAUUCAAAGAUUCAACCUUGUCAGACACUGUGUCACACUGACCCUUUCAGAGGAUUGCGUUAAGAGUAUAAAUGUCUGUGGAAUACUCGACUAUUUACACAAAAAUACAAUACGUUGGGAGCAGCUCAGUUGAUCAUUUGACCAUACUCUCAUCAUCAUCACAACCAAAUCAACAUCCUCUUCCAUAGCUGCAUUAAUCUGUAUGAGAAUGUGUGUGUGUGUGUGUGUGAGUAGUGACUUUGAAGCCUCAGCUUGCUAGCCUUCAUCCAACAAAAGCUACCAGACUGAAACUUUGCAGUUACUGUCAACCCUCCUUUUGUGAAAGUUUAGUAAACAUGUAUUCUACAAAAAAGUAAACAAAUAUCAAGUCAGUUUGAUGUUAAUUUGUUUUUAUUGUCACUUGACAUUUAUAUAUCUAUCUAUAUUAUAUAGAUAUGUAUAUACACACACACAUGCAUGUACACCUGAUCUCAAAGAACAACGAAUGUUCUCUCUCCUUUUCUCCUUUCUCCGUGGCAUAAUGAAUUAUAAAAUUAUCAGAACUGCUGAAAAUAAGGAAAUAAAUCUAUAUUUCAAUUUA